AUGAUGCGAACAUGCUACUUCGCAACCGUGCACUCGCUGCUGCAGUAUGGUGCUGAGCUCUGGGGUCUCGGUGCCGACCGAGAACGGGUAUUUAGGAUGCAGAAACGCGCUGUGAGGGCCAUUGUACAGGUAUCGCAGCGAUCAACUGUUAGGCCUCACUUCAGAAACCUAGGUAUACUCACCCUGCCGUCCAUAGUAAUUUACCAGGUAGCUAUAUACACGCGCGAGAACCUGGACUCAUUUGUGAGACAUAGGGAUCGUCACAACUAUAACACUCGCUUCGCCGAAGCACUAGUAUCGACUGCAGUCUUUUUUCUGAACGUGAUAUUCUAUCUUCCACAGGAAACCUACACGGAUGUGCCGGUAUCGUCAGGGUCAGAAGCGCCGGAGCACUGCCACUGGAAGCCGCAGUCGGAGCCGCCCAGUGCGGUCCCACAGCUGGUCAUAGCGCUGGUGCUAUGCGGGUUCUUUAUGAUCUGCGAGCUGGUGGGCGGCUACCUGGCCGGCAGCCUGUCGGUGAUGUCAGACGCGGCGCAUAUGCUCAGCGACUGCGGCGGCUUCGCGCUGGCGCUGCUGGCCUUCCGCUGCGCCAAGCGGCCGCCAGACUCACGCAUGUCAUACGGUUAUCAACGGGCAGAGGUGCUGGGCGCAAUGGUCUCCGUCCUACUAAUCUGGCUGCUGACUGGCGUAUUCGUGUACGUGGCGUGCAUCCGCCUGCGCUCGGGCGAGUACCACAUCGAGCCCGACGUCAUGCUGCUGGUGUCGGGCUGCGGCGUCGCCUUCAACGUGGUGCUGGCGCUCGUGCUGCACGGUUGCGCCUCAGAUAUCGCCCACCACCACACCCACGGCGGGGCAGCGUGUUCCCACGCCCACGCUCAUGCCCACGCUUCGUCAGAGCCCCGGCCGCUGUUCCGUUUGUUCCGCCGUUCCCGGGAACAGAAGCAAGCGAACGGAACAUUGGUGAAUGGGGACUACACUAUGAAGGACCUGUCUAGUGCUGAAGCCAAUGUUGUUGGUCAGCAUACGAGGAACAUCAACCUCCGAGCAGCGCUCAUCCACGUGAUCGGGGACCUCAUCCAGAGUUGCGGAGUGCUGCUGGCUUCAGUCCUCAUUAAGUUUUAUCCGUCAGCCAAGAUCGUGGACCCGAUCUGCACGUUCCUGUUCAGCAUCCUGGUAUUACUGACGUCAGCGAGAGUGGUCCGCGACGCGCUCGCCAUGCUCAUGCAGGCCGUGCCCAGGGACUUCCGCUACCGCGAGUGCGGCGCGGCCCUAUCGGCCUUACCAGGCGUGAGGCAGGUGCACUCUCUGCACGCGUGGGCGCUGUCCACAAACUACGUCGUGCUCUCCGCGCACGUCGCUAUUGACGAGUUAACAGACCCAGAACAAGUCCUGCAAGCGUGCCAGAACCUCGCCAAGAACGAAUUCGGCGCGCGCGCCGCCACCUUCCAAGUCGAGCGAUACACACCAGCCAUGCGAGCCUGUCCCGCCUGCCGCCACGCGCCCGCCUGACACCUGGCGCUCCUGCACGCCGACUGGUGAGCCAGCACGAGCGAGCCAGUCCAUCAUGAGCGAGCCACUCAGGUGGAGCGGUACACGCGAGCCUGCGCCGCCUGCCGCCACGCGCCCGCCUGACACCUGGCGCUCCUGCACGCCGACUGGCCACCGAUGUAAACUCACCUGGAAUCUAAAGGGCGUCGCGAACAAGAUCAGUGGUUUCAGUGUUGACUAUUUUGUGAAGUGCAGAGUGAGCAGGACAGAUUUUGAGUCACAAUAAGAUAUAAGUGUUUUUGUUAUGUUCUUUAAGUAUCCAACCAAAACGUAGAGUAAGUUAUUGUUGUUUUUUUUAUAUUUUAUUCUAAUUGUGACAUCGUGCUUUGACCCACCGGGCUUGUUUGGUUAAAAGAAGAAAGUGUCGUAGGUAUCACAAAAAAAGAUGAGUUACAAUGUUGA